AUGACGGCUACAAGGUUCUCCCCAAACAAGGCCCCGACUCCUCCAUCUAUCAAAAACGCCGCUUUUGGCUCUAUUAUUCAGUCUCGAUUCGUCAUUUUGCCGCGUCUGUUUUAUUCUACAGAGAGACGAGCAUCCCGCCGGGCAGAACUUGUUGCAUCACGACUCCUAACCGCAACAAUCACAACGGCCGUCGUGCUCGCCAUCGCCGUGCUACCACUCAGCCUACUCUACCUACCGAUCGGGUGCUAUGUUCUUGUCGAAACUACAUCAAGCUACCUCAGGGAGUGCCAGGCUGCCAUAGAAGAGAAGGUGGCAGCCAGGCUGCUAAGGAAGCGUGAAAUUCCAGCAAACAUCUACACUCAACUAGAGAGCGAUGAGUUCCGUCUUCUAAUUCUCGAACCCGGCAUUAAAAACGACGAGAUUAGGUGCCAACUCCGUACUUGCAACUAUAGUGCCAAAAUUCCAUACACGGCGCUAUCAUAUGCCUGGGGUGAUGCCACCAAAGUCGAAAAGGUCCAAUGCAACGGCAAGGAGAUUGGAAUAGCCUCUAAUCUGCACCAGGCUCUAUUAGACUUGCGAGACGCUGACAGAGAAAGAGUCCUCUGGAUCGACGCCUUGUGCAUCAAUCAAGACGAUAUCAGUGAGCGUGGUCAUCAGGUCAGGAACAUGAAGCAGAUCUAUGCCCAAGCCCGACAGGUGUUGGUGUGGCUCGGCCCAGAGGAUGACGCUAUCAGCAAAGCUUUUGAUAUUCUUCGAGAACUUAAGCCGACUUUCGUUGAGCCAAAGAAUCUGCUCACACUCGGAUUCAAGCCAUCCUACUUUUCAGCAUCAGAUCUCGAUCAACGAACUAUUGGCUUCAACUUCGCCAUGGCAGAUGAGAGCCAGCUCUUGAGGUCAGGUCUGGACCCGUUGAUAACACUACUUGAGCGGCCGUGGUUCAGACGCUUGUGGGUUCUUCAGGAAGUCGCCCAUGCGAAGCACGUAACUCUCGUUUCUGGAAGGGCCACCCUCCACUGGAAGCUCCUUGCAAGGCCAGUCCGAGACUUGUACCAUUCUGGAAUGGCUCUGGAUUCAAUCACAGACAAGGCAAAGAUUGGUGUACUGUCUGUGAUUGAAAUGGAGAAUGCUCGACAGCCUGCCAUGUCUAGGCAUAAACGCAGACUACUGUCCGUUUUACUCGCCACUCACGCUGCGGAGUGCUCAGACAUUCGGGACAAGAUAUACGCCACCCUGAACCUGGCGGAUGACUACGAUCCCGAGAGGGACAUUGACAUCUUCGGCCCCGAUUAUCUCGCGAGUCCAAAGGACGCGUUCACGAGAUUUGCACGGUGGAGCGUUGCGCGAGGUGACUUGGACAUCCUCUCUUGUACUACCAGGGCCGAUGUCCCAGCGGUUGAAGAUCUUGAUAGACUCCCAUCCUGGGUACCUGACUGGACGAGGAUUGACAACGAAACGCCAUUUGUUCGGUACCGGGACAUCAUUCCCUUCAGCGCAGCCUCAGCUUUGGUCGGCUAUCGUCCCAGAGUUACCGACGAUGAUAAGUUGAUAUUGUCUGGAGUCGUAGUCGAUGUUGUCAAGGCAGUUGGGCCUCUCUCAACUUUCACGAAGGCCGAGGCUUACGAGAAGCUGACCGCCAACCAGAAAUGGCUAAAGGAGUGCCUGGACCUGGGAUACCGGAUUUACCAGGGCCCAUUCUCCAACCACACCUGUAGAAAAGCCUUCUGGAGAACUAUAACGGCAGGUCUGACAGGCGAGGGUCACCAAGCACCACACGACUUUGGCUUGUGGUUCCACAAGUAUUUGAAAUCGAGCUACGGCGACGUCGGACGGAGACAUACCGCUGCGGUUGAAUCUACAAUACUCAUGUGGGCGUCUAACAGAAGGCUUGCGGUAACCGAGGGAGGGAGGAUGGCUUUGGUGCCAAACAGCACCAAGCAGGGUGACAUCAUCGGCAUUAUCGCUGGCGCUAGGGUGCCGCAUAUUCUGAGGACAGUUUCGACUUCGGGUGAACAUCACAUAGCUCUUGGAGAGGCUACCGACAACGAGGAGGUGGGCGGCGCCACCGGAGUUCUGUCCGUCUUCGAUCAAUUGUUGGAUAGCAAGACAAUCAAGGACAGAAAACUAAGGCUCACCACUAUUGCUGAAGGCGAAGAACGGACUCGGGCCAUUAUGCGUGAUGAGGGCUUCAAUACUGCCUUGGGAAAUUUGAACUUGAUCUUUGAUCAUUGGGAUAAGGAAACAGCCGCUUCCAAGAGGGUUGGUCACUAG